UUCUUCAGAUAAGGACAUAACUAGCACCUUAUAUUAGAAAAAGUGGUUUUAAUGUCACUAAAAGUACAGUCCCCAAAGUAAUUUUAACCUUUGUUGGGAAAAUAAAUUACAGAUAGCGCCAAAUAAAAAAAGAAGAGUUUGAAAAGAAAAACAUCGCCAACACUGUGUAGCGAUCAAAGAGCAUUUUAGUGUUUUUCCAUGUCCAGUGAUUUAACAGCCAAUCAGAUACAAACAAAGAUAAAGUGCUCUUUUGCACUUAUUUUACUCUACAUCUCAAGGAAACCGAACAAAAUACGGAAAAAAGAGGAAGGCAUGAGGUCAAAAUUUGAUGCAUGUGUUGAAAAAAUAAGCGAUGAACAUGUCACAAUAAUUCUUAAUGAAGUUGGUGAAAAUGGCGUUUAUACAUUCUCUGCCACAGAAGUGAAGUCCGCUUUCGUAGAAUAUUGUGAAAUGAACUAUAAAAAACAACUAGAAGUUUCUGAGGAAUUUAUAAAAAGUAUUGUUGGCAUGUAUCAUAUUGAUUGCAAUGAUCCGACCCGAGUUUCACAAUGCACAUCAUGGAAUGAAUUAGUUGAAUGUGUAAUUCCACUUCUUGAUAAGUCGCACAACGACGGACUUUGUGGAUGUGACUAACAAUGAAAAUCCAUUUUCGGGGAAAAUGGCUUAAAUAUCUGCUAUUGUCUAUAAAUGCAAUAAAAUUAUUCUUACAUAAACGCAAUAACUUUGAAAA